CUUAUAUAUCAAAAAAAAAAGAAGGAAAAACGCGAGCCUAUUUCCUUUUUGUUUUUGCUUUUCCCAUUCUUUUAUUCGAACUCUAUUGUACAAUUUGGGCAUCUCCUUUCCAUCAACGACGAGUCAAAGCUUUCUCCUUUUACAACAAAUCCUCUCAUUUUUGGUUCCUCAGUGAAACCCUAGAACUCGAAACCCUAGAAAUGAUCAGCUCAGUGAUGAAGCAUGCAUCGACCAUCUUCAAUCGACCGAGCGUAGCCCUGAAUCGACUAAAUUGGGAGCUGCAACAAUGGCGAGGCAUAAGAGUGAAGGUGAGGAACAACAACCUAGACCAAGCACUGUUUAUUCUGCAGAAGAAAUUGCAGUCUAGCGGAAUGGAACGCCUGAUAAAGCGCGAACAGCUACACCACAUCAAGAAUUCAGAGAAGCGUGUUUUGGCUCGUAAGGUCCUUGAACGUAAAAUCCGUUCUCAAGAACUCGCUCGUAAGCUCAAAUCCAUCCUUAUCAAGAAAGUCAGGGGUUUAUAAAGGAGGAUUCCAUCAGAGUUUUCUUCACUAAUUAUCCCGACUUGGCAGGAUGGUUGCCACAAUCAUCAUUUUCUUGCCCCUCCCUAUGUGGACUACACCUUUAAGAAUAACGUUUUCCUUUUACUGAUUUUCUAUUAGAUUUCUCAUAUACUUGAUGUAGAAAUUCGGCAGGUGUUAGUGGAGAAGAUGGUUGCUAGUUGCUGCACUAUUUUUUUCCUGGUUCUUCGGACCAAUGGUUAAUUUGAUAUAUUACUUUGCGAAGAGUGCUUAUGACAUACGGGGAAUGUAUGAAUGUCUAUAACGUUUCUUGGUUUAACAAAGCCAAAUCUGAUCAGGGACCCUUGAUGACAGAAUUACUAAAAUUGUACUGCAUCUUCUUCCAGCCUUUAUGAUGGUGUUUUGUGUUUAA